ACCAUGUCUUCUUCAUUCUUGUCAUUGCAGCCAAGUGCGCUUGGAACAACAGCGCCGGAGAACAACCUUCAAAACACGGCAGCGUAUUCUUCGGCGUUUCCUCCUCUGCACUCCAUUCCGCUCGCCGUCACACCGUCCAAUAAGCAUAAACCCUGGCAGUCAUUUUAUCCGCCAAAGCCAUCGCUGUUGCCACCAAAGUACCCACUUUACCUCAAAAAUACCAAUUAUGCCAAGCUCGCAGAUGAACAGUAUCAUCAGCAGUGUAGAAUCAAAAAGGCGACCAAACCAAUGGGCACCAUAUCGUCUCUGUUUCACAAGUCCGAACCAGCCGUACAAUAUGAUGCUGCUCUUGAACAACUGGAUCUAAGGCUCCCAUGCUUUUGGAACCCUAACGACAAGAGUUCUCUGUUGGAUAUUUCUUCUGACGGGGUCGACGCUAGUUAUUGUGGUUCUGGAAGAAACGAUCAUGACGCUGCUGCUGUACGCUCAACAUUUACAGCUAAACCUCAGUGUGGCAUCUUCUAUUUCGAAAUUGAGAUUGUGUCCAAAGGCCGUGAUGGUUAUAUCAGUAUUGGCUUUUGUGAUGCAGACGCAUCCAUGGACAAACUUCCAGGUUGGGAAGUUAGCAGCUACGGUUUACAUGCCAAUGAUGGAAACUGCUACAAUGGAGUACCUAAAGGAAAAUCCUAUGGCCCUACAUUUUCCACUGGCGAUGUCGUUGGUUGUGGCAUCAACUUUAGCAGCAAGAACGCCUUUUUCACCAAAAAUGGCGUGUACAUGGGCACUGCCUUUAGCAAUGUCAACCCUGCCGUCCCUCUUUACCCUUGCGUUGGUCUUCGUACGCCAGGAGAGCAUAUUAGGGCCAACUUUGGCUUCAAGACUUUUCAAUUUGACAUUGUUCAAUACAUGAAUGAGGAAAAAUGCCAGCUACAUUCAACCAUUUCUCAAAUGCAGAUAUCCCCUUCACCCCCUACACAACAUACAUCGCCUGCUGUGAAAGCCGCAUGGAUGAAACAGGUUGGUCGAUCACCUGAACCUGUCACCCCUCCAAAAACAUCCCAACAAGUCGCCGCCAGCUCAGAGAUUAUAGAUCAGCUAGUCUACUCUUUCCUUCUUCAUCACGGAUACAGCCGCACGGCUGAAGUGCUUCUCAAGAACGUGAAGGACACCAAAGAUGCUGAUCUGGUAUCUGAAGAAUCUAUAGAGGAUAGCAAUGACCAAAUAUUUGAUAGCAAGUCUGACCUAGUCCAUAGACAAGAUAUUCGCACUGCCAUUAUCGCUGGCGAUAUAGAUUGCGCAAUUAAAUUAACUCAAGCUCAUUUCCCUCAAGUAUUAGUUCAUGACGAACUUAUGCUUUUUCGACUUCAGAAACGCAAAUUCAUAGAAAUGCUUCGUCUUGCCAAUGAAAGUUGCAAUCAUUCGUUUUGCGACGCUGCGUUCAACUACGGAUUCCAACCUCUUACUACCACCGCUGAAGAGAUAGAUUCUACCCAUCCCCAUGACCUUAGUACCGAAAAGUCAUCGCCGACUGUUUUUGGCACACCUCGUAAAAUGUCGGUGCCGGCGGCACCUAUUAGUACUGCUCCGGCAUCCGAUAUCCCUCAACCUACUCGUCGCGUCAGCUACGCUUCCAUCACCGCUACACCGUCUUCCGCCUCGCCUCCUCAUGGCAGCUAUUUUGGCGGACGCAGUCUCGAUGAAAGCUUAGAUGAGCCUAUUAGCCCUACCAGCACCUUUUCGCAUACCAGAAGAAGAAGACGUAGCAGCAGCCAUAUUUCUUUCACCAGUCUUAGCUCAUUUGAAGAAGACGAUGAUGACAUCAAGUCGGAUAUGCGAGAAGCCAUUCGCUUCGGUCAUCUACUUCAAGAACAAUAUGGUAGAGAUCAGCGAACCAUGGUCAAAUCAGGCAUGGCAGACAUUCACUCUUUGAUCAAUGAAGUCGAAACCUACCACAGUCUAUGCGUUGCCGUCAAGGCUCUCGACAUCGCUGGUCGAGACACUUUAGCGAGUGAACUCAACACCGCUAUAUUAGUGUCACAACGAAAGCCUGCCGCGCCACCGUUAGAGCUGGUGUAUCGCCAAUCUGUAGCCACCAUCAAAGAACUCGUUCGCAAUGGACAUGGUCAAGCUGCCCUUGUGUCCGUCGACGACAGCCUUCCGUAACCUACCUACUUAUACCUUGUAAUAUACUAACGUAAUUCAUCGCAAAAAAAAAAACACCCACUCCGUAAACCCCCCCCCUUUUCCAGAAAAAUCAUCCUUUUUUCAGCAUACGUAGCAGGUCAACCAUCUUGACCUCACCGUUCUACAUCAUUUGUGUAAAAACAUUCAAAAAAUCCUACUCACACCAAAAAAAAUCAAAAAGACCAAAUGGUUCAACGUCAGACGUAGACCGGAAAAUCGAAAAAUCCUCUUUAAAAAAAAAAAGUAAUAAAUCACUUCACUUCCUUUCUUGC